GGCAGGGCCUGGGGCUGCCUGGCAUCGGGCAGGCUGGCAGCUGCCACUUGGUCACCUCCUGCCCUGCCCCCCCCCCUCGUGCCCAGGGCAGCAACUUCCUGCGAGCCUUCCGCACCAUCCCCGAGGCCUCUGCCCUGGGGCUGAUCCUGGCAGACUCGGACGAGGCCACAGGGAAGGUGAACCUGGGGAGGCUGAUCCAGAGCUGGAACAGAUUCAUCCUCACCCAGCUGCAGCAGGAGACCCAGGAGCAGGAGGGGCCCCAGGCCUACCGCGGAGCUGGCAGCAGCUUUGGCUCCCCAGGGGGCUCUGUCAUUGGGCAGCUCUUCAGCUGCGAGCUGGAGAACUGCAGCCUGUGCCGCUGCGGCAAGGAGACUGUGAGGCUCUCCUCCACCCUGCUCUUCACCCUCUCCUACCCAGAGAGCGCUGAGAAGCCAGCCCAGGACUAUGAGUUUGCCCAGAUCCUGAAGAGGAGCAUCUGCCUGGAGCAGAGCACCCAGGCCUGGUGUGAGAACUGUGAGAAGUACCAGCCCACGGUGCAGACCAGGAACAUUCGCUGCCUGCCAGACGUCCUGGUCAUCAACUGCGAGGUCAACAGCUCCAAGGAGGCAGACUUCUGGAAGACCCAAGCUGAGUUUGCCUUCCAGAGGGCCAUGAUGAAGAGAGGAGGCUUUGAGCUCACCAAGGGCAAAGAAUUCUCCCUGGGGGACUGGAAGGAGCUGGGAAAGCCCAGCCCAGGCCACUCCUAUCCUUCCAUGGAGGAGCUGAAGAACAUUUGGAUCCCUCAUGCCAUCAAGAUGAAGCUGAGCAAGAGCAAGGAGCUGGAUGUCUGCAACUGGAGUGAGAAUGAGGAGCUGGCCCCGGGGGAUGAUCCUGACUCGGUUUACAUCUACGACCUGAUGGCCACUGUGGUGCACAUCCUGGACCCCCGCACCGGGGGCAGCUUGGUAGGGCACAUCAAGGUGGGAGAGACCUACCACCAGAGGAAGGAGGGAGUCACCCACCAGCAGUGGUAUCUCUUCAACGACUUCCUCAUCGAGCCUGUGGACAAGUGCGAGGCAGUGCAGUUCGACAUGAGCUGGAAGGUUCCUGCCAUCCUCUACUACGCCCGGAGGAACCUCAAUGCCAACUACAACCUCGUCAUCAAGAACCCCAUCGAGGCCAGCGUGCUGCUGGCAGAGGCUUCCCUGGCACGCAAGCAGCGCAAGUGCCAUGCCACCUUCAUCCCCCUGAUGCUGAGUGAGAUGCCCCAGGCCGGGGACUUGGUGGGGCUGGACGCUGAGUUUGUCACUUUGAAUGAGGAGGAGGCAGAGCUGCGCAGUGAUGGCACCAAGUCCACCAUCAAGCCCAGCCAGAUGUCGGUGGCAAGGAUCACCUGCGUGCGUGGGCAGGGGCCCAACGAGGGGGUGCCCUUCAUCGACGACUACAUCUCCACGCAGGAGCAGGUGGUGGAUUACCUGACGCAGUACUCCGGGAUCAAGCCUGGGGACCUGGACGCGAAGAUCUCCUCCAAGCAUCUCACCACGCUCAAGGCUACCUACCUGAAGCUUCGCUUCCUCAUCGACGUCGGCGUCAAGUUCGUGGGGCAUGGCCUGCAGAAGGACUUCCGAGUCAUCAACCUGCUGGUGCCCAAGGACCAGGUGAUUGACACAGUCUACCUGUUCCACAUCCCGAGGAAGAGGAUGAUCUCCCUGCGCUUCCUCGCUUGGUACUUCCUGGACCUGAAGAUCCAGGGGGAGACUCACGACAGCAUCGAGGACGCUCGCACAGCUCUGCAGCUCUACCGCAAGUACCUGGAGCUGACCCCGCAGGGCACCGAGCCCGAGGACUUCCGCAAGGUGCUCAAAGGUCUCUACGAGAAGGGUCGGAAGAUGGACUGGAAGGUGCCGGAGCCUGACAGCCAGAGCAGCCCCAAGCACGGCGCCGUGUACCCCCCGGUGCUGGCUCUGUGACCGGACCCCGGCCAGAAGCAACCCUGGGACCCCCUGCGGGAAGCGGACACAAAGAACUGGAACCAGCAGCGGGGACUGAGCUGCUCUUGCCCCUGCCCGACCCCCGCGGGCAUCCCCCGGGGCCCGGCGCCCCGGGACUCCCUCUCCUUGUCGGUGUCCCCCCGACCCUCCCCCCGCCUCUCGCCCGCCGGCCCGGGCGCCCUCAUAAAGCAGCCUCAGCUCCCCGC